AUGGCACCCCCCUUUCUCCAUCGAGUCAACUUGCAUCGCUUCACGCUUCCCAGCGCUGUAGGGGAUACUGCCGACAUACUCGUUACUAUAGACAUGCUGCGCGCAUAUGUUGAAUACGACGCUCACCUACGGGCUGGAACCGCCUCCCAACGUCCCUACCCUAAUGGGUACACCGACUUCACACUAUCCUUCAACAUACUGCAGUCUGGCCAGGGACGCAUUACCCAAAUGGUCCAGGGUGACGCCGAACAUCCCCAGAUCCUUGGCCCAGCGCCCUCCCUUACAUACCUUGUAGGAGAGGAGGCCACUAGGCCACCUACUUCGCAUCCUGGAGCCACACCUGAAGGCGCGCGUUACCUCACUGCCCAUAAAUCUGAGCUUCUCGAAGAAGCGCUCUGGGCCAGCCUCAAAACUGCGAAGAAGAGGCGCAAAUGGAGAGAUAAGUCCAUCGCCAAGCGGAAGGCUGCUAAGAAACAGAAGGGUGACUUCAGCACCCGAGGAACACGACGGAACACAUACCACGGAGACAGAGGUGAAGGAUCGAGCACAGGUCCCAGAACCACCUCCCCCUCGACCAACGUGCCAGCGCGUAUGGAAAUAGAUGACGAAGGGGAGACCACCGUUCGGACCAAGGAGAUUAGCAAGGACGGAAAGAAGGACGGGGAUGGCACUCAGGGAAAGAAGCCGAGGGAGAAGUGA